UACAAAACCAAUUGACCUUACAAAAAUUUUGUGUAGUGAAAUAAAUGAAAUGGUCAAGAAUUUAGUUAAUGAUAAAGGUAUUUUUUUCAAAAUGAGAUUACAUCCGUAUAUUUUUCAAAAGUUAAUUAUUAUUGUCACAAAGUGCAUCCUUAUAACUAUCAUGUUUAUUUGCAAACAAAUCAUUUGCAAACAAAUCAUUCUAAACAUGAAAAUUAACUUGAAUUGAAUUCAGGUUGAUGUUAAAUUGGUGGGUAAAGACGAAGUAACUUACCUCCUUGGUUUCUUCUUAUAAAAGAGACAAAAACAAUUAAAGUUUGAGAAUGUUCCCCCUUCCUUAGCUAGGGUUCUCGGCUGAAGCUUGUCUAGCCGCUAGGGGUCUCCACAGGAACUAAGUUAGACACAACCACAUAAUACAAUCCCUUAAUAAAUAGUGAUUUCUCUAAUUAAUUGGGUUUUGCGGAAUUUUCGUAAGAAACAGUAAUUAAGUCUUCGGUAACUUGAAGGUGUUCAUAUCUGAUCGGGGGGUGCAGCCGAUAGGGGAGGCCAAUAUGUGGAAGACGAUUUGGUCCAUGAAAACGCCACCAAAAGUCCGCCAUUUUAUGUGGCGGUUUGCGAGAGUUUCAUUGGCUACGGGGGACCAGGUGAGUAUGAGAAGUGAGCGGAGAGGAGAUGAUUGUCCCUUUUGCAACUUGAGGGAGACACAAGUCCAUUUAUUUGGGGAGUGUAGCUGGGUCUGUCGAAUCUGGCGGGCAUCAACUUUGGCCAAGUGGUUUGAGAUGAGGGAUGAUAGAGGCUGCUUGGAAUGGGUAGCACGAGUGGCUCAGACAGCAACAGCAGAUGAGUUUGCGGACUGGAGCGUACUACUAUGGUUUCUUUGGAAAGAACGAAACGCACAUCUAUUCAAUGGUGCAAAGUUGGCCGAAGAGGAAAUAGUGGUGCGCGCCCAAGCUUAUCUUGAUGAUUAUAGACAAUACGAGGAGACUUUGGAGAAUUCACCGGGACCAGUCAUGGCGAAAACAUGGCAACGUCCAGCAAUGGGAAAGAUUAAAGUGAAUGUGGAUGCAGGAGUCGUGGAUGGAGGUUUGGGCCUGGGUGUGGUUAUAAGAGAUGACAGGGGGCGCUUUGUGUUAGCGGCUGCAAAGAGAGUCCGAUACGGGAGAGAUCCGGAAUUGGGCGAGGCGCUAGCAGGGGAGUUUGGUCUCCUUUUGGUGCGACAGCAUCACUUGGGAUCCCCAGUACUCGAAACGGAUUGCCUUACGCUGGCGGGCAAGCUAUCGACAGCUAGAGAGGUCCAUACUGAGGUGGGGUUAUAUGUCGAAGUAUAUGUAAGCUGAUGGAGGAAAUUGGGGGAGGCGAGUGGAGACACGUUAGCAGGAUGGCAAAUGAGGCAGCCCAUAAAAUGGCGCAUGUCAAUACGAGAUGGAAUGAAGCGGAGGUCUGGUUUGAUAGACCACCAAUGUGUCUGCUCGAUCAGUUGAAACUCGAUGAUGUAACUGUCUCAUCUGAUUAAUAUUAGCUCCGAGCAGAUUUCUAUAAAAAAAAAAAACUUGA